CUAAUGACUAGUUUUUCAUUUAUUUCAGAAACAUGUCUAUUUACAACAACGACUUCAACUACUACCAUGAUGCCUACGACAUCUAGCAACGAUAGCAGCAUUACUAACCCCUCAACAGGCGAAAGUUCUUCAAGUGGUAGUAACACAGCAGCAGUGGUGGGGGCUGUCCUGUCAAUACUAUUGCUGAUAGCUAUCAUUAUUAUUGCUUUCCUCAUAUAUCAGAAAUACUUCAAAGGAAAGAAAUCACAAAUUCAGCAUAGACAGUCAAUGAAAGGAAAUUGCACCGAUAUCAAGCAGCCUCUACCACCAGAUUCAGAUUUUACACUUUCAGAAAAUCCAAAUUCAAAUGAUUAUAACUCGAGACCAAAACUGGUUUCUAGACAAGACAAAAUAAGCGUUGAAUGUCUGGAAAACGACAGAACCUUAGAUGAAAAGACGAGGCAUCUUGCAAACUCCAAUUCUCCAUUUGCUAUGACAUCAACGAUUUACCAACAGCCAGAACCUCUAAAUGAUGCAUUGAGAAGAAAUCUAACGCCAUUACCCGAACAACCGCGACCACCAACAAGCUCAGCCAUACGUACUAAACCGCUACCACCGAUACAUAACUGAUAUAAUGAAAUAAGAAUAAGUCACCCUUUGAAAUUAGUAGUAUAAUUCAAUAUCAUCUUUUGUUUUGACAAAUAACAUCGUUACUAACUUGGGUCCAUUAAAACUGUAUUCAAACAUUUGAAGGUAUUAAGUAUAAAUUAUCAUAAUUCUUGUCAUAUACUUUAAGUUAACAGUAUAUAUACUCAUCAAUGUCAAUUACACAUAACAGCCAGACACAUUUGCAGAUAAUUCAUAUGCUACAGAGGUUUCAUCAGAUCUUAAUUUAAACACAUAUUGAUUUUCUUAACCAAGUGUCAUGUUUUACAUAUUAUAUUGCACGAGAUUUAAUGAGACAAAAAGAAAAAUAAUCAAUUUCAGAUACAGCUUGUCAACAUGUGGUGGUGUCUACAUUAUAUAAUACCUUUCACAAAUGACAAUGUUAAAAUACAGAGAUGUUUACUUUUAAUUUGUUGUUUGACCCUUUGAAAAAAAACGAUUGACGUUGUCCUCAAUAGCAUCAUAUCUCUCUUUAGAUUUAACGAUAUGGUGAUACACGUAAACAUUUAUGCUAUCAGAAAUCGAGGUUUAAUGUGUAACAGUUGUUUUUUUAAUUUAAAUUUAGAUUUUGUUUGUUUUGUUUUAGGUUUUGUCCCUUUCAAAGUGAUUUGAUUCAAACAAUUAACAAUUUAUCAGAAAUUUUGAAUAUAAUAUUUUACUAAAUACUGUGGACCAAAAAGCGGUUUAAUUGUUUGUUGUUAUCUUUCGGCUCUAUGUACGAUAAGCAGGACAAUUUGUUUCAUAAGAAAAUGAGGUCCCCGUUUUGGUAUUUGUUUCGAUGUUAUGAACCAUACUUUUGCGAUUUUCAUUGAUAAAUCAAGGGUCAAUAAACAAUGUGUUGAAUUGGGAUCAGAAUGGUCUAAUAUGAAUUUGAAAUCAGAUAUUCAAUUUCUAUUAUAUUCUUUUCCCCAAAAAAAAAGGAAAAAAGAAAAAAAAAAGAAACAGCAUAACUCAUUAAAUUUUAAAAUGUGUUUUUAGUUAAAUAUUCAUAUUUACAUCAUAAUCAAACACUUUAAUUUUAUAUUUCAACAUUUAGAAUAUUAUGUUCUAACCGAUGUUAAACUUAUAUGUAUGUAUUUGUGUAACACAGAUUUAUGUCUACCCAGUAACCAGUCAUUCUAAGAAUAACAUAAAAGCAAAUCAAAUCGGAAAUACCGAAUACAAUUAUGAAUGCCAUAGUUGUAUAUGGAUUUAUCUCGAAUGCUAGAGUUUUUGAAUUUGAUUCACUUUACAUGUAAAAAAAAAAAAGACUUUCGACAAAAAGUAAGAGCAUACAUUCUGUUAAUGUCUUUUGCAAGUCAAGAUCAUACAUUUUAGUGGUCUAUGAUAUGAGUCUUUCGCUAUUUUUGUACACAAAUCAGGUCGUUUUUUUCAUUGUGUGACACGUUCAACAUUUUGUAAUUAAGCUUUCUAUACGAUAUCAUUGGUUUGGCUCAUUGCUGAAGGCCGUACAGUGAAUUCUAUAGUGGCUUA